AUGGAAUCCGCAAUAAUGAAUUCAGUGAAUUCACUUGAUGCUUUAUUUGAUCUCUCAGCUACCACAGCAUCAUCAUCACCAAUCAUCAAUAGUGAGGAUACAGACGUCUCCAAUGUUAUUUGCGAGGCUGAGCCAAGCAAUGAUGAACUUUUACUUAAUCAUAAUAAUGCAAUUAAUAUUGGCGAUGCUUCUCCUACCAUUUCACCUCAACAAGCUUCUGCUAAUAAUAAAAAAAGAACUCGUGCUACUCCUGAACAACUUGCUAUCUUGGAAGAUACCUUUAAAACAAAUACCUCGCCAAACUCAAAAGUUCGUGAAGCAUUAGCUGAAAAGGUCAGCAUGUCGGAACGCUCAAUUCAAAUCUGGUUCCAAAAUCGUCGUGCUAAAAUGAAGGCCGUGCAAAAACGUGCCCAUUUAAUGAUCAAUCAAGAAUCCUUGAAUCAUUUCAUGACUUGCAUGCCACCAAGCUACGGUAACAUAUAUCCUUUCCGCAUGCCCAUUCAUCAACAUCCUCAACGAAUUGCCUUACCAAAUGUUGCUUUUUCUGCCGGUAUGAGACCACAACCAAACAUAUCUAAUAAUCAACCUCAACCUCAACAACAGUACACACCUCCAUUACAACAGUACUCACCUCCACAAGAGUUUAUUACUCCUUCGGCCUUUAAUAAUACAAGUGUGACAUUGAUGCCAUGUGAAACGCUCACAAUUGGUACUUGGAGAAGAAUCUUGACCAUCCAAGAACCAAAAGAUUUAUUAUGUUAUUAUACCCUUCCACAAGACCUUAUCACUUAUCAUAUCACCAAUGAUAACACCCACUUCAAAAUGGAGUUUCCUUUUAUUGACAUCACUUCAAUUGAAUAUAGACCCAUCGAUGAAAGCACCAGCCAGCUCGCUAUAGAAGUUAAAGACACCCCAAGGUUCUUUAUGGAAUCUCCACAUGGUAAAUGGAACAUGUGCAAAGAUUUUACUGAAGAUAGGCAAGCAUCUAGACACAUGAGACAUGUUAUCAAGGGUAGAUCUGCUUUCAUGAAACCUGCUCUCAUCAAACUCAUGCAAGAUAACUCUGAUCUCGCAAAGGUUGUUACAAUACUUGAUUCUCCAAAUAAUGCCUCUUAUCCUUCACCUUCAUCAUCUAUAACUGAUAGUCAAAUCAAUAAUGCUGUUAACUGUGACAAUAAAAACAUCAUCAAUAAUGAUAUAAUGAUGGGUCUACAACAAUUACAACAAAACAAUGAUCAACCAUUACGUCGCUCUUCAUUCCCAGUCCCAGCCAAUAACAACAAUAGUUUUAUUAACGGAAAUUCAAUUAAUAAUGACAAUGGUUUAUGUAUUAACGGUUUGAGCAUGAACAACAAUAGUAGCAGCGCAAAUGAACUAUUACAAAAUAUUCAUCGUCUCCGUCGAUCUGCUUCAGUUCCAUUAACACCAAACAGUGAAAUUAAUGGAUUCCAAUCGUCUCAUAAUCUUAGUCAUCUCCAAAUGGAUUCUGAAACAUCAACAAUAUUAUCUGAUGAACAAAUAGCCGCUUCAAUGAUUUCAUUUAAUGACGAUACAUCAUUUAUGAAUGGUAUGAAUUUGGAAGAUCCCUGGGGCGUAUAA